AUGUUCUUAAAAUUUAAGAUUUGGAAAGCGAGGGCGCGUUCGUAUCUUGGCAUAUUGGCUCUUUCCUUCAGCCUGAACACCACAUGGCGAAUUCCACGUGACGCAUUCCACUAUGGUGGAUUAACAUUUGCCCUUCUCGUUACUAUAGCGCUGGUAAUGGUCGCCUUGCCAGUAGUACUGUUGCAAUUGUCAAUGGGUCAAUUAAGCCAGCAAGAUCCCGUAGGAGUUUGGACGGCUGUCCCUCUGUUUAAAGGGGUUGGAUACCUACGGCUCUUGAUUACAUAUACUGCAUCAAUUUGUGUUAUCAUAUAUCUUGCAAUGUCCGCCACGAUUUUCCUGUAUACUAUCAACAACUCCAUUCCCUUUGGAGUAUGCACUGAUCUGUUAGAUAUAGCGGGUCAGGAGCCUGAAGUUGUCAAUUACAACGCCACACUAUGUUUUAACGAGACGUUUUUUUCUCCAAUACAUGAGAAGCCAGAAUACUAUAUUGCAUUAUCGCUGCUUAUUGUUUUCAUUUGGCUCCUCUUUCCUUUUAUACUUUACAGACCUGUGAAGUCGUUGAGAGUAAUUUUCUACGUAUUGGGUCCAACUGCCCCAAUACUGUGGAUUAUAAUUUUAUCAGCUGCUGGAGAUAAAACUAGUCUAAGCUGGUUUAGUAAGAGAGACGACUGGGUAAAUUUGUUGAGGCCACACAUAUGGAAUAAGGCAAUAGCCCAAGCGUUGAUAACUGCUCAUGUAGCUGGGGGCUUUCUUAUAUCAUCUGGAGACUCAAUAUUUGUGACUUCGGAUGUGGAAUGGACCUCGCUUUCAUUAGUUGGAAGUAACAUUAUAACAGCUUGGUUUGGGUUGAUUAUUUGGUUUGCCCUCGGCGAUUCAGAGGCUGGUAAUGAUGUGUUUGCAGUGCUGAUUCGGACAUACAAUUCUACUAUAGAGAAAAACCUGAGUACUGUGUGGCCUAUUUUAAUAUUUGCGACGUUAUUUUUAUCAGGAUUAAUAAGUAUAGUAUCUCUACUCUAUCCUUUAUAUGAUCGGUUUCGUCGUAUCCAAGGCGUCAAAUGGCGGUAUAUUUCAAUUGGAAGCUCCUUAGUCGGAUCGGGCCUAGCAAUUGCGUUAUUACUUGAUCACAAUGCCCUAAUUGUAUUAGAGGAUACAGUGUUGCCGUUUCUUGUUAAUUUUACUACUAUAAUUGAAAUAUCGGCUUUCGUUUUUGUAUAUGGGUGGAAUUUGCUUUUACACGAUAUAGAGUUUCUAACUGGCAGAGAGUUACUACGAUUUUGGGUUUGGGGACUAUGUUCAGUUCCUGGUAUUAUAGCACCAAUUCUAAUUUGGUGGUACACAACUCACUAUUUAACAGCGCCACAGUGGACACAAGCGCCGUGGGCAGCGACUGGUCUAACGGCAGCAACAGCAAUAACCAUUAUAAUUAUAAUAUCUUUUGCUAUAUAUUCGGUUGCACGACAAGUCCAAUAUGAUACUAUCUCGAAAAUGAAAUCAUCCAUACGACCUUCGCGGCAUUGGGGACCCAGAGAUCCUAUAGCGCAUUACUAUUGGUUAAUGAGACGUGACGAAGCAGAUCCUCACGCUCCACGAUCUAGGUACCACAGACGAAACUUGGGACAAUUCUCCGGCACGUCUAGUGUUUUAAGUAUACCUAAAUCACAGGAAAUCAGCGAUGUACCUAAAGAAGUCAAGAGACGUUCCAAUUCUGAUGAUUGGCUUUAUAGUUAUCGAAAAGAAUACCUAGCAGAAUUAUUUGAAAUGCAUUACCCAACAAGACGAAGAUCGAAGUCUCUAGAUUGGCCAAAACCAAUAGACAAAGUAAAAACGAACAGCCGAACUUCCACCGACGACUCUGUUAUAAUAGUUGAAAAUAAUGUUACUUCUAAAUGUUAG